AUUUUUCGGUACCGUUGUGCACUCUUACCGACUGUCGCUCGUGCCGCUCUUUACGUCCGUAUUCGUGUUUGCCUGUGUGCACUGCUUUCGUGUUGUGUACCUGUGCAUGUGUAUGUGUGUAUAUUUAUACGAGCGUGUGUGUGGGAAAUGUGUAUAUGUGUACGCGCGUGCGAGUGUGAUUUGUUUACAAUAUACAUUUUUUUUUUCUUUAAGUCAAACGCGUACGAUCUCUUGUUCCGUACGCUUAGCUUGUUGGUGUGUUGAAGUAAUUGUUAUAUUUCUCCCGUUCGCCGGACAACUAGAAAAUAUUUUUGAAAACAUUACGAAAUGUGUCGGAUGUUGAUCUCUGAUCGCACGUCGGUCACCGCGAAGUGAGAAAAAAAACGGUUGGAGUUGAUCAGAUGCAUUUAGCAGUUGAUUACGUCUACCAUAAUUAACAUGCAGAGUACUGCAAAAGGUCCUCGAUCUUACAUGAAAUCUUAUGGCCGUGCUAAGUACUCUAAUAAUCCUAACAGUGUUGUACAAACGGCCAUCAAUUUUGAUAAAUUAUUGUGUGAGAAUACUAAUAGGCCUACAGCGGCUAAAUCUGCGGGUACAGUUGGUAAAUGGGGUGUUACUUCAUUUACUUCAAUUAGAAGUACUAAUUUUGUCACAGGUAAUGCAAAUACAGGAAAAACUGAAGAAACAUCAGGAUCUCGCUUUAGUGUUGGGAAGAAAAGGCAACAUCAAGAAUCUAGUCCUGCUCCAAAAAUUACUGUACCAGAACCUACUGUAAAUGUAGUGAGACCUAAAAAGUUUUUUAAAAGUCGUAAUGCUGAUUCUAAUAGAUCUGACCGAAAGUAUGGUGGAUCAGAAACAACCAAAAAAACCAGAACUGUUAUUCAAAAAACUCCAGAAUCUUCUCCUGAGAAAGAAGAUAGAAUUCCAGAAACAAGUGAUUUAUCAUUUUCAUCAUUAACACCUACUAAAGAUCCAAGUAAGCCACCUAUAGUACUUCGAAUAUUUAAGGGUAAAUCACAAUUAGUGAAUGAGCCAAAUUCUACUCAAAAACCUUUGCAAGCUAUUGAAGUACCUGAAAGUAAUGACCAAGUUACUCCUACAGUAACUACAAGAAGUCUUCGAAGACGAAAUCCACAAACUACAUAUACUGAGCCAGAACCUGAAGAAACAGAAGAAUCUCCUCCUAUUAUUGAUAUUCCAAAGAAAAGACGUCAUGAUAGAGCUAAAUUCACAGUUCCUGCUUUAAAAAUCAAUAUAUCUACACAUACAGUUAUUAAUCAAACUGAUGAUGAGUUAAGAGAGAAAAUAAAUGAAAAAGAAAGAUCUAACAUAAAUGUUGAUAAAUCUAAAAUAGAACAAUUGGAAAGUGAUCGCAAUCAAUUAUUGGCUGUAUUAGAAGGUAGUGAUGAUUCAGUAUUUAGCCCUAAAAUGGAUACUCCUGUUGAUACUCCUGUUGAAAAUGAAGAAAAACUUGAUGAAACUGAUGAUUUACUAAAACAGCUUGAAGUGCAUUUCAAGUCAGAUGAUGAAAAUUUUACUAAAGAAACAAAAGAAGAUGUAAAGGUUCAACCAGAAAUCCUUCCUUCAAAACAUAAAGGAGUUUUUGUAGAAACUGAGCCAAUAAAGCUUGAUGAUAAUGACUUAACUGAAAGAAUGGAAUUGGAACAACAACCAGAAACAAUUGUCCCUGCCAAAAAGAGUAUUUUUAAAACUAGGAAUGAGAGGAAUAAAAAAGGUAUGUUUCUUUAUAAACAUUCAUGGGCUGAUAAAGAUAAAAAAAUUGAUGAAGAGAAAAAAGAAGAAUCAAUUCCAAAUACUAGUCCAAGCAAUAGUUUUGAAGAAAAACCUUUACAGAGAGUCACAAAAACUACUGAUGUGUUUGAUGAUGAUUUUGAUUCAGUUACUAGUGUUAAAUGUGACAGAAAAGAAAAAGGAUUUUAUACUGUGGUUCGAAAUGUAAAAAAAGCCCAUCAAAUUCAAGAAUCUGGAGAAUUUCAAGAAUUCAAUGAUGAUGUUGAGUAUAUUUUAGAUGCUUUACAACCAAAUAAUCCAAUUGGAACUAGAUGUCUGUCUGCAAUAACAUUGGCAACUAAAUGUAUGACUCCAGCUUUCCGAAUGCAUGUCAAAGCACAUGGAACAGUUGCUAAAAUAUUUCGUGCAUUGCAAGAUGCCACUAAAGAUCAAAGUUUAGGGAUGUGUACAGCUACAGUCAUGUUUGUUUUAAGUCAAGAUCGUUUGAAUAUGGAUUUAGAUCGUGAUUGUCUAGAACUUAUGUUAAAUUUGUUGGAAAAUGAUACAACUCAUGAUCAAGCUCUUGAUGAUUGUGGUCUUACCGAUCAUCAACUACAAAAGACAAGAGAACGUGUUAUUCAAUUGUGCUCAGAGAUCAAGUCUCAAGGAGCAGCUAAAUAUUUAAAUACAGAUAAUAUCACAGUAGGACAAUUAGCCAUGGAGACACUCUUGAGUCUUACAAGUGCUCGAGCUGGUGAGUGGUUCAAAGAAGAAAUGCGACAGCUUGGUGGUCUAGAUCACAUUGUGCGUACAGUUGUUCAAUGUUGUAAGCAUGUUGAUUCAAUGACUAAUGUGUGGUCUCCUAUAUUACUUGAACGUAUUAAGAAAGUUGAUCGUUGUUUAAGGAUACUUGAAAAUGUAACCAUUCAAAAUGAAGAAAAUAAUGUGUAUUUAAUACAUUUUGAAAAUGGUAUUUUGAUCAAUACAUUAAUUAGAAUGUUUAAAGUGUGCGAUUAUGAGAUACCUUUGUAUCCGAGUUAUAAUGAAAAUGAUAAAGACUCAAUAAGUGCUGUAUUGCGAGAAUGUCUUACAGCCAAUUUAAAAGUGCUUAUUAAUUUGUCACACGACUCAAAUCAAAUUAAUGGCUCUAAAAUUGGAUGUAAAGAUGGUGUAAUUGAUACAAGCUUACACGUUCUUCUCAAAGUCCCAGAUUAUGUUCCUAAUGAUGACAAGUUUGACAUAAUGUUUUUAACUCUAACAUUGCUGAUUAAUUUAGUGGAGAUUAAUGUUGACAACAGAAAACUUAUAGCAGAAGCUCAGGCUCCUUCUAAGAGUGAUAGUCUUCAUGAGUCAACUAAAUCUUUUGCGAUUGAAGCAUUGGUGAAAAUGUUCUUCCAACAAGAAGAAUUAGCGAAGACUGAGGAAAAAAAGACUGAUGAAAUACUGGAUGGUGAAAAUAAGCAGACAGAGAAACCAGCUAAAGAUGCUCCAUUAAAAGCACAUACACAAUACAUUGAAGAAACAAUUGCACUACUUGUCGAAAAGGCAGGACAAAACAUGCAACAUACAGUAAUAGCAUCAUACAUUGCUAUUUUACUUGGUUACAUUACUAUGGACGACAAGGAGUACCUAGAAUUUGUUGGAAAGCAGUUACCUGAUGGUCGAUUUACAGCAAUGUUAGCUGUUUUGGAUAAAUACUUAAAUUUUAUGAAGCUCACUGCUGCUCCUGGUACCAGAGGAAUAAAAUCUGUUGAAAUGAUUAUCAAACAUUUAACUAAAUGUGAAAAAUUACAAGCUGAAGCAUCUAUUGUGCCUGGUACUUCAUCAUAAAUGUUUAUUCAUCAUCCAUUAUAAUGAUUAAGAAUUGCAUCAUUGAAUAUUUUAAAGUUUUAUCUUCAAUAACUUAUUCUGUAUUUGCAUUUAAUUGUAUUGAUUUGUAAUUAAAUUGACUGUAAAGUAUUCUUAUUGAAACAGUAAUGGAGUAAUACAUUUAUUUCCUAUUUUUUAUGGCAGGUUUUCUUUCUGU